UUUUACGGCCCUCGAAAUGGAGCCCUUGUGACGAGAUCAAAGUACGCCACACAGCUCACGCCAAUGUUACGAGGUGGUGGACAACAGGGGAAUCUGAGAUCUGGCACGGAAAACACACCGAUGAUCAUGGGUUUGGGAGCAGCUGCUGACGCUUGUGAUCUUCACAAAACUGAAGAGCAUCUCCGUUCGGUUCGAGACUACUUCGAGAAGCAGCUUGAGGCGAGAUCACAAGAUAAGUAUUUGCAGCAACAUUUACCAGAACAACAUGUGGUGAACUUUGCUUCUUCACCUCGAUUGCCGAACACAAGUUCUGUGGCAUUCCCGAAAUAUCCCGAAUCAAGCAAGCACCUAAUGGCAAACCCAGUUCUACUAGCAUGUGGAAUACAACGGCAGACUGCGAAACGCACGAUACGAUUCAGUUUCGGCAGAGAGACUACAAAAGAAGAUGUAGAUCGCGUAGUAAAAGAGCUAAAGGCGAUUCUAUUUCUAUCAAAGCACGGAUCGUCUCUAAUGAAUGUGAUUAAUGCAGGUCCUGUACCUGGAUUUUGA